AUUACGUGGCGAUGACGGCCGAAUUAGUCACCAAACAAAACAGGGUCAAGAACAUUGGCUAAUGCGUUUCCUUUCCAUGAUAAAUACGAAUCUAGGUUAAAGCAUGACUACUCCACUCAGAAUUGAUACCCUAGAGGAGAAUUUGCGUUCUUGUGUGUGGGUGUGGGGAGGGCCGAGGCUGAGCGAAAAUGGUGUUCUACUUCAAAGCCCGACCCGAGGCCGGUGAUUACACCAUCUUCAUGGGGCUAGACAAGUAUGAGAACGAAGAGCUCAUCAAAUAUGGCUUCUCAGAAGACAUCUGGUUUCAUGUUGAUAAAAUGUCUUCAGCCCAUGUUUAUGUGAGACUGCACAAGGGUCAGACAAUAGAUGGGAUAUCUGAAGGCUUACUGGAAGAUUGUGCUCAACUAAUCAAAGCGAAUUCUAUCCAAGGAAACAAGGUGAAUAAUGUUGAUGUUGUUUACACUCCAUGGCAAAAUUUAAAAAAGACUGCCUCUAUGGAUGUUGGCCAAGUUGGUUUCCACAAUCCAAAAAUGGUCCGCACUGUGAGAGUGGAGAAGCGAAUAAACGAGAUUGUUAAUAGAUUAAACCGGACAAAGGUGGAGAGAAAACCUGAUUUGAAAGCUGAACGAGAGGCAGUUAAUGCAGCAGAAAGAGCAGAGAGGAAACAACAGCUGAGAGAUAAAAAACGGCGGGAGGAGAUGGACAGGCUUGAAAAGGAGAGGCAAGCAGAGGUAAGAAGCUACAAACAUUUAAUGGUAGCUGAGAAAAUGACUUCGAAUAAAGAGAUAGCAUCAACCAAUAAGUCCUUACAAGAACUGGAAGAGGAAUUCAUGUGAAAAGAAUAGGGUUCAAGUAGUUCCUGGACUUUGCUGCCUCAAAAUGCAGAAAUUGAGAAACAUACUCAUGAGAAAAAGGGGAGGUAAAGAAAUGGAUUGGUGGGUUGUGUGUUUUUACUGCCUCUUGAAAUAAAAUCACGGGAGUCUUAAACUCUUUACUAGGGAUGCUAUUAAGAUUGCAAAAAAGGAUUUGCAAGUUGAGAGGGAGUGGAGCUUGUGUGGUAACAUUGUGUGUGAUUGGAUAAUGAUUAAAACCAUGAUUUUGAACUGUUUCUUUAUAGCAAUGAACUUCGCUAAUAUUUUUAGCGUGAUGCAUAAAUGAUUGCAAGAGGACUUUUUUCGGGGUUUGUCAAAUUUGGAGAUCCCAGCAGAUAAGUUAAAGACUGUUUUAAGGUGCUCCCACUAAGUAGAUAGGGAUCAUGAUAUUGGGUUUUCCAUGAAUUUGCAAUUUUGUGCUAAUAAGUGUGACGAAUCGACACAAUUUAUGCUUCUUGUUAUAGUUAAGCGUGAGUUCCAAUUUGUGGUGGACUCUCUGAAUAUUGAAUGUUUUACAAUGUGCAUGUUUUGUACUCAAAAUCUGAGCAGGAU